AUGGAGGAGAUGGAAAAUGAGAAUAAGGCACUCCGUGACCAAAUGAAGGAACACAAAGAGAGGGUUGACAAAAUACCAGGUGCCCCAAAGUUGUUGCCAAAAUGCGAUGUUGGUCGAUUCAUCGAGCAACCAUACAACGAAGAAGCGUCCCCAUACGCCAUUCCAAAGACCUUCAAAAUGUCACCCUACCUAAACAUAUAUGAUGGUACUACCGAUCCAGAAGAUCAUAUCAUCCACUACGUCACAGCCGUAAAAGGUAACAAUCUUUCAAAAGAGCAGGUACCAUCGGUACUGUUGAAAAAGUUUUGCGAAACCCUAACAGGGGGAGACCUGACAUGGUACUCUCAACUACCAGCACGCUCGAUAGCAACGUUCGAGGAAAUGGCAGACAAAUUUGUCACCGCCCAAGCAGGAGCCAAAAAGGCAGAAGCCAGGGUAAACGAUAUAUUUGCCGUAAGACAGAUGUACGGCGAGGGACUCAGGGACUUCUUAGCUCAGUUCAACAGGGUGAGAAUGAGCUUGUCGAAUGUGUCAGAGGGAAUGACAGUAGCAGCCUUCCAGAAUGGACUAAACAGGAACGGGUCGAGAGCAACCAGAAAAUUGCUAAGCAGGCUCAUGAAAUACCCUCCAACCACUUGGGAAGAAAUCCAUAACGCCUACUGCGCCGAGGUAAGAGUCGAUGAGGACGACCUCAACGGUCCGACCCAAUGGUUGACGUCAGUUCAAACUGAAGCAAGGAAAGAUCAUCGCAACGACGGUCGAAGAGAUCAGUCGGGGCCUCGUCUCGGCCAAGAAAGGCAUUAG